AUGGACUUGGGCGACGGUGGAGCGACGCCAGUCAUCCUGGCAGACUGGCUCGACCGAUUAUUGACUUCGUGGCAUGAUGGUCGGCUUGCUGUAUCAACAAUCUUGGUGGCAUGCCUAUUGAUUGUUUGGGUGCGGCGCAGACAAGUCUACAGAAUCAGCCCAUCAGACUCGUCGCCGAGGCCGGAGAAGGGAGACUGGCUCAACCAGACCGGAAAUGAUUCUUCUUCGACGACAAAUGACGAGAGAAGUAUCUCCAGUAAGGUGAACCAGCUUACCUUUGCCCAGAACCAAAAACUUCGACCGGCAGCAGCCCGAGUUGUCGCUGGACGCAAGCCAGUCCGCACGCGAGCAGGUCCAUCUUGUGUACAGCCUUUGAUCUUCUUCUCCUCUUUGACAGGGACUACUGAGCGCCUCUCGAAAUACGUAGCUACCAGUCUCGAAACCCUGACGGCCUCACAAUCCACCAUUCUAAACCCACAGAUAUAUGAUAUUUCGCAUAUUGACCUUGACGAUUAUUUCAUCUCCGGUCCCAAAACAUCCGGUCCGCGUUCAGACAUUCGAUUCUUCUACCUCCUUCUCAUCCCGUCCUAUGAUAUCGAUACCAUCUUGAAUACCUUCCUGGCACACCUCGACGAGACACACCAUGAUUUCCGUAUCGAUACCUCGCCAUUGUCUGUCCUGGCAGGAUACACCGUGUUUGGGGUGGGAGAUAAAGAAGGCUGGCCCAGCGAAGGAAGGGAGUUCUGCUCACAAGCAGUCGAACUGGACAAAUGGAUGGCCAAGUUAACUGGCAGAAAACGAGCAUAUCCUCUGGGCUUGGGAGAUGUGAAGAGCAAUGUACACCAGGCGCUACAAGACUGGACAAGUGGAGUUUGUGACGUCCUCAGAGAAUUGAGUAUGACUGGAUCACUGGGUGAAGGAGUACCAGGAAGUGGUGACGCAGUUGAGAGUGUUGAUGAAGACGAAUCAGAGACUGGAGAGGCAGGAGUCGAAUUCCCUGAUCCUAGACGCCAUAAGAGGCGCAAGAUCGCUACCACAACGGACCUCGAAGACGUGGGCGGAACCGAAGGAUCUUUAAUCGCUCCGAUGGCAAUCGAUUUCACAACGUACUCUUCUCCUCCGUCUGUACCACGAGAGGCACCGAAAGCGAUGGUACCCAACGAAUCACCCACUUACGCAGCAUUGACGAAACAAGGCUACACAAUUGUUGGCACUCACUCCGGGGUCAAAAUCUGCCGUUGGACCAAAUCUGCCCUUCGUGGCCGCGGUUCAUGCUACAAGAACUCGUUUUAUGGUAUCGCUUCUCAUCUAUGCAUGGAAACCACGCCGUCCCUCUCCUGUAGCAAUAAAUGUGUGUUCUGUUGGCGUCACGGGACCAACCCUGUCUCCACGACCUGGCGCUGGCAAGUCGACGAUCCGCAGAUGAUUUUUGCUGGGGCCAAAGAAGGACACUACAAGAAAAUUAAGAUGAUGCGUGGCGUGCCAGGUGUUCGAAGUGAACGGUUUGAAGAAGCAAUGCGUAUCCGUCACUGUGCUUUGAGCCUGGUGGGUGAACCUAUAUUCUACCCUCGGAUCAAUGAGUUUGUUGGUUUGUUGCAUGGCGAGAGAAUCUCAAGCUUCCUUGUCUGCAAUGCACAGCACCCUCAGCAACUGCGUGGCUUACGACGAGUCACUCAAUUAUAUGUCAGCAUUGAUGCCAGUAACAAGGACAGUCUUCGGAAAAUUGACCGACCCUUGCACCGAGAUUUCUGGGAACGAUUUCAGUCGUGUCUCGACAUCCUCCGUGAAAAACGAUUUAUACAGCGCACGGUCUUCCGUUUGACAUUGGUGAAAGGCUUCAAUAUUGAGGACGAAGUCGAGGGAUACGCUGAUCUUGUUGCCAAAGGGUUACCGUGCUUCAUCGAGAUCAAAGGCGUCACAUAUUGCGGGACAAGCUCUUCCGCCGGAGCGGGUCUGACCAUGCAAAACGUACCCUUUUAUGGAGAAGUUGUGGCAUUUGUUGAAGCUUUGGACCAGGCUCUCGCAAAGAGACGGCUGGAAUACGGCAUUGCCGCUGAGCAUGCACACAGCUGUUGUGUCCUGUUGGCGAGCAAACGCUUCUUCAUCAAAGAAAAAUGGCAAACAAUCAUCGACUAUGAUCGAUUUUUUGAUCUCCUAGAAAACGGCGUCGAGUUUGCACCCGAAGAUUAUUGUAAGGAAACACCAGAAUGGGCGCUCUGGGGAAAUGGUGGAUUUGAUCCAAGAGAUGACCGGGUCGACAGGAAAGGUAGACCGAAGGAGAAGAAAGAUAUGAAGGCUGUUGUGGUCGACGAGAAGGCGAAGCAGGGAUUUUGA